AUGGGACGCAAGGCAAGGACAAAGCAGGGUGUUCCGGCCCCGAUAUCGGAUGCCGACAUUGCCAAGCUCCGCAAGGGUGGAGCCGAAAAGCCCUCAAAGCCCGCGAAGAAGUCGUCGUCGGCCAAGCCCUCGGCCACGGCGCCGAUCAAGGCCAAGGCCCAGCUCCCGGCCAAGAAGAGGAAGCGAGUAAAGGCUGUCGAUGUGGUCGACGAAGACAGCGACGCCGAGGAGGCACUUGAGCAGGGCGACUGGUCGGACGAGGAGGAGAUGCCUGCGCCCAAGGCCAAGAAGGCCAAGGGCAAGGCUGCCGACAAGCCUAAGAAGAAGAAGGCUGCGUCUCCCGAAAUUGAGCGGGGACCAGCGCGCGAGCUCGUCUUCUCGGACUCGGAGGACGAGUUUGAGGCCGCCGCCAACGGCGAGGAGCAAAUGCCUGCGGGACAGCACGCUUUCGACCUCGACCUUGCCCCGAGCGAUGAGGAGGACGAGGAGAUGAUGGACGACGACUUUGGUUUCCCGUCCGAGGACGAUGAGAUGGACGACGACGACGUCGACAGCGCGUUCGCAUCCGAUGACGAGGAGGGAGGGGAUGUGCCGAUGGAGGAGGACGACGAGGACGACGAAGACGCAAUCCAGACCAACCUCGAGGACGACCUUGACGACGAGGGGUACACUCUUCCCGCGGUGGAUGGGGUCGACGAGGAGCACGAGCACGGUGUGAGCCUGCGCGAUGUGGAGAACCGCAUGCGCUGGCUGGUCCAGGUGUGCACUGCCGCCAAGGACGAGGGUAUCAAGGGCGUUCCAGGCAAGUCCCGCUCCGACCACCUCGUGCAGCUCGAGCACGACAUUGCGACCUACUUUGGUUACAACCACUUCCUGGUUGCCAAGCUUAUGAAGCUCUUCACGGCCGACGAGGCGCUCGCCUUCUUCGAGAGCAACGAGUCGCCUCGCCCUGUCACCAUCCGCGCCAACACGUUGCGUACACGCCGGCGCGACCUUGCUCAGGCGCUCAUCAACCGUGGCGUCAACCUCGAGCCGAUUGGCAAAUGGUCCAAGGUCGGUUUGCAGGUGUUCGAGUCGCCCGUCCCCGUCGGCGCGACGCCAGAGUACCUCGCCGGUCACUACAUGCUUCAGGCGGCGUCCAGUUUCCUCCCCGUUAUCGCACUUGCCCCUCAGCCCGGAGAGCGCGUCCUCGACAUGGCGAGCGCGCCCGGCGGCAAGACGACGUACAUCUCGGCACUGCUUCAGAACACGGGCCUCGUGUUCGCCAACGACAGCAACAAGGCCCGCACCAAGAGUCUGACGGCCAACGUGCACCGCAUGGGGUGCAAGAACGUUGUGGUGUGCAACUACGAUGCGCGCGAGUUCCCCCGUGUCCUUGGCGGAUUCGACCGUGUCCUUCUCGACGCGCCGUGCUCGGGUACUGGCGUUAUUAGCAAGGACCAGAGCGUCAAGGUCAACAAGAGCGAGCGUGACUUCCAGCUCCUCGCCCACCUCCAGAAGCAGCUCAUCCUGUGCGCGCUCGACUCGGUCAACGCCAACUCCGCAACGGGCGGGUAUGUCGUGUACUCGACGUGUUCGGUUACUGUCGACGAGGACGAGAGUGUGGUCGACUAUGCGCUGCGCAAGCGUCCCCACUGCAAGCUCGUUGAGACUGGCCUCGAGUUUGGCGUUCCUGGCUUCACCAGCUUUGAGGGCAAGCACUUCAACCCGUCGCUGAGCAUGACUCGCCGCUACUACCCCCACAAGCACAACAUGGACGGCUUCUACGUCGCCAAGUUCAAGGUCGGGAAGCGUGCCAAGAAGACCAAGGAAACCGAGGGAGAAGAGGAGGCUGCUGUGCAUGUUGGAGAGGAUGGCACUGAAGCCAACACGUCGACGUUCAACGCGGCCGAGGACGAAGCCCUCAUCGCCGAGAGCAAACGCAAGCACCUCCUCAAGACCAAGGGGAUCAAGCUCAAGAAGGGGGACGCUGAGAGUGCUACCCCAUCUCCGGCCAAGCCGGCACCCAAGCCCGCCAAGGGCAAGAAGGUGACCGAGGCGCGGCGGAAGAAGUGA